AAUUCAAUUCAAUUCAAUUCAAUUCAAUUCAAUGCAAUUCAAAGAGCUUAAUUGGAAUGAAAGCCCUGCCUACUUUUUUAGCAGUCCAAUCAUAUGCAAAGGAUUUUAUUUCAAACCCUCUUGUUACUGUAUACCACCCAAAUAUUCCAUUUCACUGUGACUGUAAGAUCGAAUUUAGUGGUGUGGUGUGAAAAUGUCAAAAAAUUAAAUUUACUGCUGAGGAGGCGCCAUUUUUCAACACAGAUAACUGCGAGGGAUCGGGUGAAUGAAUUCUCCAAUGACUUUUAUGCGGACGGAGGAGUGUUGUUCUGUAAAGUGCGUCAGCACUCAGUGGACUACAUGAGGAGGCAGACCGUGCUGGAGCAUCUGAAGUCCCUAAGGCAUAAAAACAGGAAAUCAAGUUGUAUAGUACAAUCUAGGAAUCAAACUUUGGCUUCCUGCCUCUCUAAAACCCCAUCUACAGCUGAGGGGAAGGAGUUUGUUCUGGACUUCACCAAGGCUCUUCUUGAGGCAGAUAUUCCGCUGGAGAAAUCUCCAAAGCUGGCUCCUUUUUUGCAGAAGCAAGGAGGAUCUGUUCCAGCUCCAUCUCACCUCCAGUCUGACUACCUGCCAGAGCUGUUCCCUCAGUAUGUGGAGGACAUCCAGCGUGCAGUGAAGGGAAAAGCUGUCUAUGUUAUACUGGAUGAGACAACAGAUGCCUGUGGUCACUGUGUCCUUGCCAUUCUUCUACAGUCUGUGGGCAGACCUCCUCUAGCUGCAGAUCUUGUUUUCCUUGAGAGAGUUAACUUCACCACUGUGUCUCAGGCAGUCAUCACUUGCCUUAACACUUACAACAUCAACUUCAGUGAUGUCUGGGCUUUUUUCACAGAUUCAGCAAGCUACAUGAAGAAAGCCUUCAACACAGUUCUUCAAGGCCUCUUUCCCAACGCCAAACAGAUCACAUGCCUGGCACAUGUGCUCAACUUGGUGCUAGAGGUUUUCCUGACACCUUUGAGGACCUUAAUUGGUUGUGUAGCCUUGUGAAGAGGGUGUUUUGUAAGGCCCCCCAGCGUCGCCUGGAGCUGCGGACCUACAUGCAGGCUCUAGGCUUGGCUCCUGUCAUGCCAGUGUUUGCUGUCCUGACUAGAUGGGGUUCCUGGAUUGAUACCUGAAGGAGAACCUUGACAUUUUAUAUGACUUUAUACACACCUUACCACUGUCUUCCAAGGUUGUACGGGACCCAAGAGCACUCCUAGAGGAAAAAAUACAGGUGUUAAAAGCCAUCUUCAUUGUUGAACACAACACUGAGAUCUUGGCCACCCUCACCA